GCCUUCGUUGUUGUGUGGGUUUUGUAGAUUUCCCAGGACUGAGUCGGUCUUGUCGAGUCCCCAAGUCUGGCACGUCCGUCCUGAGCCUCGUGUCAGGGCGUAGUUAGCACGAGUGAACCUUUGCCAGCAUGUCAGAGUGGGAAUCUUAUUACAAAAACGAAGACAAUGAAGAGGAAGAUGGGCAAGAGGAGGGCCAUGAGCAUGGUGGUGAAUAUAAAUAUUCAGGAAGGGAUAGUUUGAUUUUCUUGGUUGAUGCUUCAAAGGCCAUGUUUGACUCUCAGGGUGAAGAUGGAUUGACUCCUUUUGACAUGAGUAUCCAGUGCAUCCAGAGCGUGUACACCAGUAAGAUCAUCAGCAGUGACCGUGAUCUCUUGGCUGUGGUGUUCUAUGGCACGGAGAAGGAGAAAAACUCCGUGAAUUUCAAACAUAUUUAUGUCUUACAAGAGCUGGACAGUCCAGGUGCUAAGCGAGUGCUGGAGCUGGACAAGUUCAAGGGGUCAACAGGGAAAACGUAUUUCCAAACCCUGAUGGGCCACGGGGCCGAGUACUCCCUGAGCGAGGUGCUGUGGGUCUGCGCCAACCUCUUCAGCAGUGUCCAGUUCAAGAUGAGCCAUAAGCGGAUCAUGCUGUUCACCAAUGAGGAUGACCCCCACCGUGGCGAUAGUGCUAAAGCCAGUAGGGCCAGGACAAAAGCCGGGGACCUCCGAGAAACUGGAAUCUUCCUUGACCUGAUGCAUCUGAAGAAAGAUGGGGGCUUUGACAUAUCCUUGUUCUACAGAGAUAUCAUCAGCGUCACAGAAGAUGAGGACCUGGGAGUACACUUCGAGGAAUCAAGCAAGCUUGAAGACCUGCUGAGAAAGGUUCGCGCCAAGGAGACCCGGAAGCGUGUGCUCUGCCGGUUGAAAUUCAAGCUCAACAAAGAUGUAGCAUUCACUGUUGGCAUUUAUAACUUGGUCCAGAAAGCCAUCAAACCUCCUCCAGUCAAGCUUUACCGAGAGACAAAUGAGUUAGUAAAAACCAAAACCCGGACGUUUAACGUGAACACAGGCAGUUUACUUCUGCCUACCGACACCAUGCGCUGCCAGGUCUACGGGAAUCGUCAGAUUGUUCUUGAGAAAGAGGAGACAGAAAUGCUGAAGCACUUUGAUGAUCCGGGUUUGGUCCUCAUUGGGUUCAAACCCUCCGCCCUGUUGAAGAGGCACCAUUACUUGAGGCCCUCCCUCUUCAUAUACCCUGAGGAGCACCUGGUCAAUGGAAGCUCCACCUUGUUCCACGCGCUGCUCAUCAAAUGUCUGCAGAAGGACGUCGUGGCUCUGUGCCGGUACACACCCCGCCAGAACAUCCCCCCUUAUUUUGUGGCCUUGAUGCCCCAGGAGGAGGAGCUGGAUGACCAGAAAGUUCAGGUGACGCCUCCAGGCUUCCACCUCAUCUACCUGCCCUAUGCUGAUGACAAACGGAAGGUGCCCGUCACCCACAAAGUCUCAGCGAACCCGGAGCAGGUGGACAAGAUGAAGGCUAUCGUUCAGAAGCUCCGCUUCAAAUACCGAAACGACAGCUUCGAAAAUCCUGUGCUCCAGCAGCACUUUCGGAACCUGGAGGCCCUGGCCCUGGACUUGAUGGAGCCAGAGCAGGCAGAAGACCUGACAAUGCCCAAGUUGAAAGAAAUGGAUAAAAGACUGGGCCCUUUGGUGGAUGAAUUCAAGGACCUUGUCUACCCACCCGACUAUAGUCCUGAGGGGAAAGCUUCAAAGCGAAAACAAGAUGAUGAGGGUUUCGGAAGCAAAAAGCCCAAAGUGGAGCUGUCCGAGGAGGCAUUGAAGGUCCACGUGAGCCAGGGCACACUGGGUAAGCUCACUGUGCCCAUGCUAAAGGAGGCCUGCAGGAUAUGCAAGCUCAAGGCAGGCACCAAGAAGCAGGAGCUACUGGACACACUCACCAAGCACUUAAAGGCCUGAGGGCCAGCAGCCAGCUCAGGUCCUGUUCCUUCAGCACUGGAUUCUGUUGCCGUGGAGACAGGAUA